AUGGCCCAGCCCGGCGUGCAAUCAUUGAAGUGUGUGGUGACUGGUGAUGGUGCUGUUGGAAAGACUUGUCUACUCAUUUCCUACACCACAAAUGCGUUCCCCGGCGAAUACAUCCCUACGGUCUUUGACAACUACUCUGCUAGCGUUAUGGUCGAUGGCAAGCCUAUUAGUCUUGGUCUCUGGGAUACUGCUGGUCAGGAGGAUUACGACAGACUGCGACCCCUUUCAUACCCUCAGACCGACGUCUUCCUCAUCUGCUUCUCCAUCGUUAGCCCUCCAUCAUUCGACAACGUAAAGGCAAAGUGGUACCCCGAGAUCGACCAUCAUGCGCCCAACAUUCCCAUCAUUCUUGUCGGAACCAAGCUCGAUCUUCGAGAGGACGCAUCCACCCUCGAAUCUCUCCGACAGAAGCGCAUGGAGCCUGUAUCAUAUGAGCAGGCGCUGACUUGCGCCAAGGAGAUCAAGGCCUACAAGUACCUCGAGUGUUCUGCUUUGACUCAAAGAAACCUUAAGAGCGUUUUUGAUGAAGCUAUCCGGGCCGUCCUCAACCCUCGACCCACACCUUCGAAGCAAAAGAAGAACAAGUGCUCUAUUCUGUAG